AUGGCAGCAGCGACUGCUCGGUCUGUGACGAUGCACAAAGUCGGCCCGCGCAGAUGGGGCGGCGUCAAACGCUUUGUGAAGAAGACGUGGAACACAGUAAAGGAGAAGGUGGUCAAGAUUGCAAAGAAGACUCUGGCAUUUGUUCCUAAGGUCUUUCCACGUACUUGCAACAAUGGAGUCAUGAAAUUGUGGGGUGUAUACCUCAUGGCGUUCCGUGACUCACGAACAAUAAACGGAAGGUGUAUUGUCAAAAGCGAUGCUGCAACUCGGGUCCGAAUGACCAACGGUGCCAAAUUGGUUUUUACAGGAGACGUUACUUUUGUUGGGGACCUCCUCUUCAAGGGUGACAAGGAACCAGAGCAUGAUCGUCAUCUUGCUAAAUGGCGGAAACAUCCCAUGGUUGAGGUGAAGCAGAUGGCUGAGAUUGCUGGGUCCCUUCGUUUCAAAAGGUGCCGUGCUUAUUCAGAAACAUCAAUAAAUGUUCCCUGCUUCUCUGCUAAGAUCCUGAAGAUGGAUCGAAAAGAAGCAAAUCUAGUGCUCGAAGACUGCAAAGCGAGUGGUUCAGCUCUUGCUGCCAAAGGCCUUAUCCAAUUUGACGGAGUUUUGCAGCUACAGGACUGCGCAGGUUUCACGGGAGCUGCGGAGAUUAACGACGUCCAGCAACAUGGAGGCAGCAUGCAGUUCCACCGCUGCAGAGGCUACGACGGUGGAGGCCUUUGGGCUAGGAAGUUUUCCAGCACGUUUGGACAGUUGGAAUUUGUGGACUGCGAGGCGUCGAGCGGAGGAGGCUUGUACAUAUCCGAUGAGAAAGAAGGGGCUCUGCUUCUAACACGCACGGACGGGGAUGGAUCUGUUACUUUCAACAACUGCUCCAGCGACUCUGAUGGAGGAGCCAUUUAUGUUGACGCUUUGAAGGUCAGGAUUGAAGGCAAUGUCAUGUUCAACAAUUGCAGCGCGGCAGAUCUGCAUGCGGGCAUCGUGUUUGCCAAAGCAACCGAGGUUGAACUGAGCGAGGAUUUCCGGUCUCGGGUGCGAUGCCCGCUUGGCAGCCACAUCGAGGACGAGGGCAACUCCACGCGCUUGGUUGCCCUUAGUUGUGUUAGCUGUCGACGAGGCUGGAUUCACGUGGACCAGGAUGCGACCAAGGGCUGUGUGCCUUGUCCAACAGCCUCUGACACUUGCACACCUGGAUCUUUGCAGAUGAGUCGUGGGCUCAUGGUGCAAGAUGUACACGACCCAUCACGGAACAAAACGCUGGCUUGCCCUAACUAUGAGGCGUGCAGAGGUGUUGCCCCAGACGACAUGUGUGCUAUUGGCUACAGAGGUGCUGGCUGUGCACAAUGCGCGGAAGGAUCUCAGCUGGCCGACAGCAGUGUUCUCUCCUGCGUUCAGUGCUCCAAAGAUUUGCAAGACGCGGCCAUGCAAGUGGGGUUCUGGGUAGGAAAGAGCGCCCUGCUCUUUGCCCUCGCGGCCAAAAGUGUGCUGGGAAACACUGGCUCGACGAAGCCCAGCAGUGUCUAUCUAAACCAACUGAUGUCCUUUGCCACCUUGGCGGGGACUAUCAUGUCCGCCAUGCUGCAAACACCUGCUGCCCAGGAAUUGCAAGAAGGGUUUACCGGUGUUUUCUUUCAAGCCAGUGCCUUGGUUAUGGAAGUAACAUCAGGGCAAACGAGCAGUACCACAGGAACAGGGCAGUCGCUACAAUGUGUCCUUGGCUAUGUGGGUCUGGAAAGUGCUCUGUGGAAGGGCCACCUUGGAUUCACGGUGCUGGCUGUGCUUCUCACCGCUGUCCUCAGUAUUUUUAAAGGCUAUCAAGUUGGCCUGGUUGUGGGCAUCAACUGCUUUUGGCCGGAGUUCAUGGGCCACUUUGGGAGGUACUUCGUUUGCUACAGGCUAAGUCCUGACAGUGGCCUCGAAUGGCCGCAAGCACCCGAUUUUUCCGGGGGCCUUGCCCUUGUCGCGGCUUGUCUGCUCCUCUGCUCAGCGGCAGUGCUACAUGCCUGGUGGACCCUUUACGGCACAGGGGCCAACGACAGUGGGCCCAAAGUGGCCCAAGAGCAGCUCCACGUCGCCUUCCUGACAGCGCCCUACCAAGAAGCUUACGCAAAGUUUGAGACGGAGAGGCUGCUGCGCAAGGGCUGCUUCACGUUUCUGGCAGCUGCCCUCCCCAUCACUGCGUCCCCUGCCCUGCAGCUCAUUUUCCUUGCCAUGGUGGUGCUCGCCUCCCUGGUCAUCUAUGCCCUGCUGCUCCCUUACAGCAAUUCGAGGUGGAAUAUGACUGAAGUGGCGCAGUUGACCACGUGCAUGGUUAUGAUUUUUGCUGCGUUCGGACUGCUUUCCAGUGAUGAGCAUUGGGGUCAAAGCAAGAUAGCACAGAUCAUAGUCAUCGUUGCCACGGCAGCUCUGGCAGCUGGGAUUUGCGUAACUUUGGCUGUGCUCACCGUUCGCAGCCUCCUACAGGAGCGGGCAGAGGUUGCGAAGAAAGCCAGGUUGGAGAAGAAGAAGAAGGAUAAGCAGAAGGAGCAAAGUCUGCCAGGACGGCAGCAAAAUUGGAACACACAAAAGCACCUUCCUGGCCUGCAACCUCUCACGCCUCCAGGCAUCCAUCCAGACCGACCCCCAGGAAUCAUAGCGCCAAGCACGCAGCACCCAGAGCGGCCUCCAGGAAUCAUACCUCCAAGCACGAAGCAGCUGCCGGCACAUCCUCCCGGCAUCCAGCCUCUGCACCCAGAGCGGCCUCCAGGAAUCAUACCUCCAAGCAUGCAGCCUCAGCCCGCAAAUCCGCCCGGCAUUCAGCGACCGCCACCCCCAAGGCCUCUUAGACGGAUGUCCCAGCAGCCUCCAGCAAUUGCAGCAACUGCCCUUGGCACAGAAAUGCAGGCACCACCAGCUCAAGACGGCACCGGAGAUCUCACGCAGCCGGCACCUGCAGCUUCCUAA